CGGUAGUGGGUUGUUUUCCGCGGCGGUUUGUAUCGCAAUAAUAUUAAAAUAAUUAGUAAACAUUUUUUAAUUAAUAAUUAAUAAUUAUUACAGUCAAUUGAGUAGUUGAGUAUUAAUUAAAUUGUAUUAUUGUGCAUUACUUUGGUCUGUUGUAAACUGCUGUAAUAGGUUGAUAUUGUAUCGUUACUGUUGUCAUGACGCGAUAGUUUUCGAUGGAAAAAUCCGACCAGGAGACGGGCACAGCCACUUUGGCGACACCAGCACUGUCGGUACCGGCAGCUGAUGUGAACGUGAACGAACAUCACGCAACCAAGCAAAAGCCGUACAAGCGGCAUUUUUUGGCUCUCUUGGAAAGAUGCGAAUUUUUACAGCAGGACAAUGAACGUCUCGUGCAUAGGAUUCAUCAAGUCACGAAACAGUUGAGACGAAUCCGGUUGGAACGAAAGUUUAUUAUGGAUCGAUUGGACACGCAUAAAGACAACUGGAGAGAAGCUGAAUUGAAAAUAGAUCUGGGAACUGAUUUACCUUUACCCGAAACUGUCAAUUUAAAAAACCAAGGAACUGUAGAAACACCAAACGGAAAAAAGAAUUUGAAUAUAAAAUCUACUGAAAAGAAAGAUCCUAAUUUGCCAAAAAGACCGGCAAAUCCAUUUUUCAGAUUUUGUCAAGAACAGAGGCCAAUUGUACUUGAUCAAAUCAUUAUGUCAGGUGAAGGAGAACCUACAAAACAAGAUCUUACUAAACGGUUAGCAAUAACUUGGAAUACUAUGGAACAUAAUGAUAAAAAAGUCUAUUAUGAUAUGUACGAGAAAUCUAAGGAAAAAUAUGCUGCAGAUAUGGAAGAAUACACAUUUAAUAAAUCUAUAAAUGCAGUUCAAACAUCCAAUUUCUCAUCUUCUCAAUAAAAAUUUCUUUAAUUAUGUAUUAUUUAAAUUCUGUGUUCAAAUUUUUAUGCUUGUACCUAUAUCCUAUGUAUUAUUAACAAACAAUUUGUAUAAAAAUGUAUUAUUGUAAUAAAAUAAGUAUUAUUUUUUAUAAA